AUGUGCAAAAAAGUUGUCGUUUUUGACGAUGAUCCAUUCGUGUGGAGUAAAAAGAAAGCUGAAAUAUCCUCUUCGGUAGUGAUGGUGACAAUCACGAAGGAUACGGACGACCAUGGAGGCCAGUCCACUAACACCGCCGCACCAACACUGCAGCCAAACAUCACUGUUGGUCUGAGGUCUGCCGUACAGUUUGGAAUCACAAGUGACACAGAACAACAGUAUCACGACACCCUGCCGACAUCGUACAGGCAGAACCUCGAUGAUGCAGGCAGAUCAUUCCCACUGGACAAGGUUCCCAGACUUCACACCAACAUGAAGUAUCACGCCAUGUACGUUGCUGAUGAAGGUCAGAUGCCACUGCUACGAUUCUCAGUCAAUGACGUCGACACGGAGCUACAGGUAUACCUCCGGUUCCAUGACUUUCCAACGGAGGAACGCUACGACUACAGGACAACUGUUAAGCCUCCUGAAGUCACUGAUUAUGACGGCUUUGACAUGCCGUACGGCCUGGUGUACUCUAACUUCAAUGUUUCGUUUGUUCCGGAGAUCGGAGAGGAACGCGGCUGGGUCAUAGUUGGUGUAAAGAGGAGAGGAGGAGAUCUACUUCACAUCGGUGCGAGACGACUCCUGAUGUCAGAGGCUCAGGUCCCAGAGACCCACCCGGGACAUGACAGCAGCCCUGCGGGCUUCAUCCUGCAGACUGCCGCCGUCUCCUGCCUGAUGUGGGAAAUGGACAACCAAACCUGGGAUAACAACCGCUGCAAGGUUGGAAUAGAAACGAACGAGGUGACCACCCGGUGCACAUGUGACAUGACACGACACAGCGAUGGGAAAACAUCCCGGGUGAUUCUGGCAACGUCGUUUCUGGCGGUUCCAAAUUUCGUGGAUUUCGACAGAUUCGGUAGAAACAUCGACAAGUUGCCCACGAAUUCGACCGUGUUUGGAACGAUUUUAGCAUUGUGGAUGAUCUUCCUGUUGUCCCAACUAUUGAUAUUCAGAUCAAAUAUCAAGAGCAACAUUUCAUUGAAUUUCACAGUGGCCGAUAGCUUUAAUCUUGGACAUGCAGCAAGUCUAGCAAACGCAAACGCUGGCUCGGCGGCUGUUCCAAAAGUCUCUACCAUCCCGUCGGAAGUUCCCGAUGCGGAGUACGUGUACGUGGUGUGUGUCCGUACGGGAACACAGCCUGAUGCCGGCACGGCGUCUGUGGUCGGGUUCAUGAUCACAGGGUCUGAGGGCAGGACACCCAUGGUCACACUCAACCCUGAUGGCUUGGUCCUAGCCAGAGGCGGUGACACGUACCACAUCAUGUCGACUCCCUCCUCCAUCGGCCAGCUCCAGUCUGUACAGGUCUGGCACAACGGCUCCGGGAAGGGCAAGAUGGAGUCACUCUUCAUAGACAACAUCAAGGUCUGGGACAUGCAGACAUCACAGGGAUUUCAUUUCCCAUGUUGCAACUGGCUCUCCUCUGAGAAAGAAGACGGAAGGACAAUAAGGACCCUGGAGGUAACUCCUGGUGGAGAAAUGUGGAUGUCAGAUUAUUCCCUACCGACGUUUUCGUGUCUACUGUACGACAACCAUCUGCUGUUGUCAGCCGUGUGUAACUCCGGUGUGAGACACUUCAGCCAGGCGCAGCGCCUGGUGUGUUGCCUGUGUGAGACCACGCUGUGGAUGGUGGGCAGCGCCAUGUGGUACGGAAUCACAACAGGUGCAGGCGAUGUGGUUGUAUUGGACAUCGGCGUAUUCAGUCUCCGCCUAUCAGAACUACUUGGUAUUGCAGCAACGUCGUUCACGGUGUUCCUGCCUGUCUACGUCAUCCUUGUGCCGAUGUUUCGUAAGCAGCUCCCAUUGGUCGAUCACAUCCCUUCAGAACUGUUGAAGACGCCGACACCUCCAACCACCUGGCGAUUCCCCUACAAGACAGUAGCGUGGGUCCUCGCCAUCCUGACUUCUGUCUGUAGUAGCAUCUUUGUGAUCGCAUACAGUCUGCAGUUUGGAGCGGGGAGAAGCCAGGCCUGGCUGAAGGAAUUCGUCCUGGCAUUCCUGUUUUCUAUAUUCUUACUGGAGCCUGCUCAGAUUUUCCUGAUUGCCUACUUCAAGGCAGCCAUCGUCGCUCCGAUGGUUUGGCCUGUACUAUCUCGUGUUCGGAGAGUUUGGGGAAUGAAGGCAGCGGAUAACGAGCAGUCUCCGGUCGGUAUCAUCCACAAGAAGAACAGGGACUAUCGUGUCCCGGCACCGAGGGUUUUACCCCCAGCCCCGAAGAAAAACGACCACGACCCGAACUGGACCAAAAGGGUGACUGCAGGCAGAAAUAUCCUUGGUAUGGUAAUAAUUCUGCUGAUCUUCACCGGGAAUGCCUUCUACAUCGGGUUUCUGGGCUUCGACAGAUACGCCUACUACACCAGGAACUCGCUGGAGAAUAGUCUGCUGUCUGGAUAUGAUGAGGUGACUACAGUGGACGGUGCCGGGAGGUGGCUGUCGUCUGAUCUGAUGCCAUCCCUCCACCCGGACCGCGGGUACAGCGGGAAGACCCUCAGGUGGCUGGACAAACAGUUUCCGGCUGGAACCAACGCGUUCCGGAUCGGACCGGUUCGCCUGGAGAGAACCACCAAGUAUCCAGAGGACCCAACGGACAUAGACCUCGAGCUUCCUGACCAUGGGCUCUAUCCAGAGCUUCUGACAGAGAAAAUCAAUGAAGUUCAAAACCGGCUGAGUGGACGGAACUGCUCACACAAUGAAACUACGCGCGUUGUGGAUAUUGCUAGAAACGGAACUUCGGCGUGCAUCACCACAGUAGAUCUACCACAGGACGCCGACCAGGCUGCUGCAGUGAUAGACUUCCUAAAACAGACCCACUGGACCCUGAUGGUUUCAGACACGCUCACCCUCCGGAUCAACUUCUACCACCCUGACGUGAAGCUGUUCAGCACCGUGGACAUCACCCUGCAAUACCUGCCAGGCGGCGCUGCUGCACUGCACCCCACUAUCCACACCUUUCGGCUGUUUCAGUACCAAACAACGGACGACUUCGUCCAGAUGCCCUUCCACGUACUCUUUCUAGUCUUCUUCGUUUACAACGUUCUUCGUGAGAUUUGGAACAUCCGUAAGAGGGGUCGUCUGUACUUUGGCAGUUUCUGGAACGUUUUGAUGCUGUGUAACAUUGGCUUAUCUUUAGCCGUUAUAGUGAUAUUCGGCCUUCGGUACAUCUGGGCAACUGCUGCUUUGGAUGACAUACAGCAAGCAAAAGGACCAUUCGACAUUGAUGAGUUUGUUGACAUCAGCGCCGCCUGCCGGUGGGACGCAAACUUCAAGACAGUCCUGUCCUUCUCCAUCUUUGUCAGUACCUUCAGCAUCCUGCGUGUUCUCAACUUCUCCAGGAGUGUUGCUAUCGUCUUCGCUAUGCCUCGUCUGGUUUACCGGGAAGCCUUUGGGUUUGUUCUCUACAUGCUGGUUAUCAUAGUGGCCUACGGCUUCAGCGGGAUCCUGAUAUUUGGCAAACACAUGAAGACCUUCUCCGCCUUUAAGGAAACGUCUUACGUCUUAUUUGAGAUGAGCCUGGGCAGACCGUUUGUCGGCGUCUUCGCGGAGGAUAUGAAGACAGUGGAUCGUGUCAUUGGACCUCUGUACUACUCUACUUUCGUCUUGGUCUUCGUCUUUUAUCUGAUGAAUCUAGGAGUCGGUUUGUUGUGUAACUGGCUGAGUUACUGUCAGACCUCUGAUGACGUCAUCGAUGUGGACACCGCCAUGGGAGAUUACUUCUGGAACUCAUUCAGGAGUCUUCUUGGCAUGCGCCAUGAGUCCCAAGAAUCUGACGAUGAAGCCCCACUUCCGGACUACUACAUGGACGAGACCCUCCAGCGGACGGAGGUGGUACUGCAGGAAGUGGACAGUGUGACUGACCUGAUGUACAAGUUUGAGUGCAAGGAGCGACAUUCCACGUCUACUGAGUCAUAUGCUUAA